GCACGGGCUUCUCAUUGUCGUGGCUCUUCUUGUUGUGGAGCACAGGCUCUAGGCACACGGGCUUCAGUAGUUGUGGCACAUGGGCUCAGUAGCUGUGGCGCACGGGCUUAGCUGCUCCACGGCAUGUGGGAUCUUCCCGGGCCAGGGCUCGAACCCGUGUCCCCUGCAUUGGCCAGGCGGAUUCUUAACCACUGUGCCGCCAGGGAGGUCCUCAAGUCCAUUUGCCUUUAGCAGAAUAGUAAAGCCACUUGUAAACGUCCGCACAUGAGACCCUUUCUCACUGCUGUUGAAUUUGAUUACUGAAGGUCAAGCUUCCAGCCAUAAGCCUGUCCUUCCCUCCCUGCUCCAGUUCACUGCGUUUAGUUUUGAGUAAUUAGGUACCGAGGGGUGAAAAGAGCGUGACUUUUAAAAGUCCCUUCUUAUUGUUAAGCUGCAAAUGGCUGCCUUUAAAAACAGCUGGGGGAGGGUGUAUUUCUGUGAAAGAAACUGUUUUGAGAAAAGAAGCUAAUGGGAGGCCGUAAUGUCUCUGGAUAAGAGGCUUGUGAAUAGCCCCAUAAAGCAGGCGGUAACACAGGAGGAUUUUUCUCUCUUCUUGGGUAAUUCAUAAAAAAGCAAUCUAUUACUAAUCUGACCAUACACUAUCAUGUUAACUAGUCAAUGUAACUAAAAACUUCCUAAACGUAUUGCAAAUACUUGCAUAUUACACACUGAAGUUGUCAAUAAUAAAAUUAUGCCAAAUAUCCUCUUUUAAAGAAAAUAUACGCUUUAUUCUUCUAAUCAGAUCUGCAGCAUAAUAUACUGCUUUUCUGAGCUCCAAUUAACUUACCCAGACUUUCUUUGUAUCAUCUCUGUUUGUUUCUCUUGUGUGCAUUUGUUUUGCAGUAAGCGAUGGCCUUGGUUUUGCUUCUCUUUGGGAUGGCUGCCACCACAUAGGACCUGAAUGUCUACUGCUUUCCAGGAACAGAAAGAAGACCCUCUAAUUUGUCUCAGUGGCAGCUUGGUAGUAAAAAAACUGUUGAAUGGGCCACAAUUUCAGAGGACCAUCAUGUGAAUGGAACCAGUGUCUUUUCUUCCCAAACAUCAGAAAUUAAGCACUUGGAAAGGAGAUCUGGCCAAGAUGACCCAUUUGCAGGCUGGACUCAGCCCAGAGACUAUAGAGAAAGCUCGCCUAGAACUGAAUGAAAACCCAGAUGUUUUACACCAGGAUAUUCAGCAAGUCAGGGACAUGAUCAUCACCAGGCCUGACAUUGGAUUUUUACGCACAGAUGAUGCCUUCAUCCUGAGAUUUCUUCGAGCCAGGAAGUUUCACCAAGCAGAUGCCUUUAGACUCCUGGCCCAGUACUUCCAGUACCGCCAGCUAAACCUGGACAUGUUCAAAAACUUCAAGGCUGAUGAUCCUGGCAUUAAGAGGGCCCUCAUCGAUGGGUUCCCUGGAGUGCUGGAAAACCGGGAUCACUGUGGCAGAAAGCUUCUUCUGCUGUUUGCAGCCAACUGGGAUCAGAGUAGGAACUCCUUCACAGACAUCCUCCGGGCCAUCCUGCUGUCAUUGGAAGUCCUUAUUGAAGACCCAGAGCUUCAGAUAAAUGGUUUCAUUUUAAUUAUAGACUGGAGUAAUUUUUCCUUCAAACAAGCCUCCAAACUGACACCAUCAAUCCUCAAACUGGCCAUUGAAGGGUUGCAGGACAGCUUUCCUGCCCGCUUCGGAGGAGUCCAUUUUGUCAACCAGCCCUGGUACAUUCAUGCCCUGUACACGCUCAUCAAGCCAUUCCUUAAAGACAAGACCAGGAAACGGAUUUUCCUGCAUGGAAACAACUUAAACAGCCUCCACCAGCUAAUACACCCCGAAUGUUUGCCGUCUGAAUUUGGAGGAACCCUUCCUCCUUAUGACAUGGGAACUUGGGCCCGGACGUUGCUCGGCCCCGACUACAGCGAUGAAAACGACUACACGCACACUUCCUACAACGCAAUGCACGUGAGACACACAGCCUCCAAUCCGGAGACAGAGCGCUCACCCACGCUGAUGAGGAGAUCUCAGUCUGUGGUAGAAGCUGGGACCCUGAAACACGAGGACAAGGGAGAGAAUGAGAACACGCAGCCACUCCUGGCUCUGGACUGAACCCUGAGCUGCCCUGUGCUCCGGACAUCGCCAGCCCUCAGUGGUACCAGCCACCAGGGAGCACAUGUGCAACUGACCCCACGAUGCGCGCGUUCGGCUCGACGCAAGGGCCUCCUCUCCUCCCACCCAGUAAUGACUGUCACCAGCCAUUGGUCUAAACAGCCAAAGUUGAACAAAGACUUGAGAGAGGCCUUUUUUUUUUCAAUGAGGGAAUUGGAGGAUGAAGAAAGGCAGUUAUGGAAACAAGAUUCCCCCCAUCCCAUAUUUAUAGGAUUAAGUGAGUUGAGAAGAGAAAAACUAAAUUUGAUGCACACGCUUCAUUAGGAUAAGGAUUUUUCUGAGGCUUUGCAGAGACUCUGUCCAGUUUCUGCAAUUUAAGAUGAAGUGCAUUUCCAAGUAGAUACAUAAGAAUUAAACUGUGCAGACACAACUGUCAAGUUUAAUGUAGUGCAAAGCCCCAAGACAGUAGUGUCUCCAGUGAUUUCCAUUCCUAUAUUGAAAUAUUUUCUUUGACCUCAUCACCAGCAUCAAAUUUCAAACUGUUCAGCCUAAGAGCACGUUCUCGUAGGUCUGGCUAUUUGCAG